AUGACAGAGCUCAGGCAGGGCCUGGAGGCCUCUGCCUACGCCUCACUGCAGGAACUGAAAGAACGGCGUAUCCAGACUGACUGUUAUGCCGAGUCCCUGCAGAAUGCCAUAAAGAAGGAGGAGAGGGAACUAACAACUUCCAGGCACCUGCAGGGCCUUCUGGCCACGUCUUCUGGAACUGCGGCUAUCCCAGAGCUGGAAGAACGCAUGCAACGCAUGCAGAGGCUCAUGGCACUCCUCAGGAGGGUGCGGGAGCGGCCGCCGUCCGGCAGCGCUUCCGCGCCCUCCGCCGCCGGGGCCUCCGAGCUCCGGGAGAAGGGCCGGGGCGGGCUGCACAGCGCGGCCGCCAGCGGUGACCUGGCCCAGCUGCAGCGGCGCUGGUGGCGGAAGAGACUCCGCAUCAACGGGCGGGACGCGCAGAAGCAGACGCCUCUGCAUCUUGCUUGUGCGAACGGCCAUGCAGAUGUCGUUCGAUUUCUAGCAGGAAAGAAGUGCCAGCUAAACCCUCGUGACAAUUGGAAGAAAUCGCCGCUGAUGAAGGCAGUAGAGGGCCAGCACAAGGACUGUGUGGCUAUUCUGCUGGAGCACGGUGCCAACCCUGACCUCAGAGGUGCUGGCGGCAACACUGCCCUUCACCUGGCUGCCGUCAUUCCCAGCAAAUCUCUAGUGGAGCUGUUACUCGAGCACAAUGCCCAUAUUGACGCUCGGAAUAAGUUGGGAUACACUCCGCUUACUCUUGCGAUCACCGAGCACUGUGAAGAGAUGGUCGAGUUCCUUCUUCAAAAAGGAGCUGACGUGCAUGCUCAAGAUAACAAUGAAAGGAGCGCUCUUAUGAUUGCUGCUGUUGCUGCGAAUGUGAAUGUAAUACGACUUCUUCUUCAGCACGGUGCUGAUCCUUCUCAGGCAGACUGCUUUGGCAGCACAGCUAUGCGUUAUGCCACAGUGUCUCAAUAUGCUGAUAUUAUUAAGCAACUGGAGGAAUACACGAGCUGUGAAAGGAAGGGGGAGUGUUCUGCGGGAGGCACAGAAGGCCCAGCAGUACUUGACAGCUCUUGCUCUGGGACGACUGCUGACUUUCCCUUGGGCCCACCUGCACUGACCGGAGCAGGUGUCUUGCCAGCGGCAGGAGCAGAACAAGAGGAAGAUGAUGACUCCACCUUUGAUUCUGAGACGGAUUCUGAAGGUCCAAGGAAAGCGUCGGCCGGCGUGCUGCUUCCAGCUGCAGACGGACACGGAGCGUGCGCGCGCUCCGUUGCAGAGGAGCGCGGCAAUGGUGUCUUGCCAGCGGCAGGAGCAGAACAAGAGGAAGAUGAUGACUCCCCCUGUGAUUCUGAGACGGAUUCUGAAGGUCCAAGGAAAGCGUCGGCCGGCGUGCUGCUUCCAGCUGCAGACGGACACGGAGCGUGCGCGCGCUCCGUUGCAGAGGAGCGCGGCAAUGGUGUCUUGCCAGCGGCAGGAGCAGAACAAGAGGAAGAUGAUGACUCCCCCUUUGAUUCCGAGACGGAUUCUGAAGGUCCAAGGAAAGCGUCGGCCGGCGUGCUGCUUCCAGCUGCAGACGGACACGGAGCGUGCGCGCGCUCCGUUGCAGAGGAGCGCGGCAAUGGUGUCUUGCCAGCGGCAGGAGCAGAACAAGAGGAAGAUGAUGACUCCCCCUGUGAUUCUGAGACGGAUUCUGAAGGUCCAAGGAAAGCGUCGGCCGGCGUGCUGCUUCCAGCUGCAGACGGACACGGAGCGUGCGCGCGCUCCGUUGCAGAGGAGCGCGGCAAUGGUGUCUUGCCAGCGGCAGGAGCAGAACAAGAGGAAGAUGAUGACUCCCCCUUUGAUUCCGAGACGGAUUCUGAAGGUCCAAGGAAAGCGUCGGCCGGCGUGCUGCUUCCAGCUGCAGACGGACACGGAGCGUGCGCGCGCUCCGUUGCAGAGGAGCGCGGCAAUGGUGUCUUGCCAGCGGCAGGAGCAGAACAAGAGGAAGAUGAUGACUCCCCCUUUGAUUCCGAGACGGAUUCUGAAGGUCCAAGGAAAGCGUCGGCCGGCGUGCUGCUUCCAGCUGCAGACGGACACGGAGCGUGCGCGCGCUCCGUUGCAGAGGAGCGCGGCAAUGGUGUCUUGCCAGCGGCAGGAGCAGAACAAGAGGAAGAUGAUGACUCCCCCUUUGAUUCCGAGACGGAUUCUGAAGGUCCAAGGAAAGCGUCGGCCGGCGUGCUGCUUCCAGCUGCAGACGGACACGGAGCGUGCGCGCGCUCCGUUGCAGAGGAGCGCGGCAAUGGUGUCUUGCCAGCGGCAGGAGCAGAACAAGAGGAAGAUGAUGACUCCCCCUUUGAUUCCGAGACGGAUUCUGAAGGUCCAAGGAAAGCGUCGGCCGGCGUGCUGCUUCCAGCUGCAGACGGACACGGAGCGUGCGCGCGCUCCGUUGCAGAGGAGCGCGGCAAUGGUGUCUUGCCAGCGGCAGGAGCAGAACAAGAGGAAGAUGAUGACUCCCCCUUUGAUUCCGAGACGGAUUCUGAAGGUCCAAGGAAAGCGUCGGCCGGCGUGCUGCUUCCAGCUGCAGACGGACACGGAGCGUGCGCGCGCUCCGUUGCAGAGGAGCGCGGCAAUGGUGUCUUGCCAGCGGCAGGAGCAGAACAAGAGGAAGAUGAUGACUCCCCCUUUGAUUCCGAGACGGAUUCUGAAGGUCCAAGGAAAGCGUCGGCCGGCGUGCUGCUUCCAGCUGCAGACGGACACGGAGCGUGCGCGCGCUCCGUUGCAGAGGAGCGCGGCAAUGGUGUCUUGCCAGCGGCAGGAGCAGAACAAGAGGAAAACGAUGACUCCCCCCUUGAUUCUGAGAAUCAACAAAUCUCAGAAUCUUCUGGAGCAGAGCAAGAGGAAGAUGUUGACUCCUCGUAUGAGAAUGAGGUACUUCCUCUUCUGGAGGUUUCUGCACUGGGGAGAGAAGAGCCUCAGCUAAAGAAGGAUGCUUCAACUCAAGCAGAUUGUCGCGGCGACAGACAGAGAUGGGUCAGGCAGCUGCAGCAGGAGCUUGCCGACGUGCUCAAAAAGAACUCCCUGGCAGAAGCUUCACUUGAAGCUAAGAAGCACUACAGCAGGGACCUGCAGGAACAGAAACUGCAGUUGCAGAAGGAACUGGACAGGUCUAAAGCUAAGCUGCAGGAAUUGCAAGAACAACAUAUCCGGACUGAGUGUUAUGCUGAGUCCCUGAAAAACGCCUUAAAGAAGAAGGAGAGGGAACUAACAACUUCCAGGAACCUGCAGGGCCUUCUGGCCACGUCUUCUGGAACUGCGGCUAUCCCAGAGCUGGAAGAACGCAUGCAACGGCUCCAAGUUGGAAAGGCCAGGCUGGAAGCCACAGCCCAGCAACAAGCCAAGACCAUUGAAGCCCUUCAGAAAGACCUGCAAGCCUCUGCCUCAGCUCGUAACGGCCUGGAGGACUUGAUAACUGGCUUUCAGACAACACGGACUGCAAAGGAACACCAACAUCAGCAGCGUGGGAGUGAAAGCAAGGAAGUGAAGAAGCUGGCCGAGAUGAAAUGCCGAUCAGAAGCGCUUCUGGACGAAAUGCGGGGAAGAAACGUCGCACUGCGGGAAGAACGUACCAGGUUGAAGAUGCUUCUGGAGGCAUCUCGGACAAAGCUGAUGGCAUAUGCGGGGAGAAAGAGAGCGUCCCAGCUCAGUUUCCCGGGAGAGAUGAAGAACAGCUGUUCUCAGGUGGCCAGCGAAGUUGGUAAACUAAGAAGAAAGGUGACGAAUGCAGUCUCGAUGGCCCCCCACCUUACGGAUUUCCACAGAAUCACAGCUGAAGGUCUAACACAGUUAGCGAUGAGAAGAUGCUGGAGCAGAGGAAGUGCCAGUGCCAGAAAACAAGGAGUGCUCACAGGGAGAUGAAUGAAGCCUGGAAACCUUUGCCUUCCACCUUGUGCAGCCACUGUCCUGCAUCUAAUUCCAAGUGUUCUCCUGCAGCUUGGUAUUUAAUAAACUGUGUCAUCUA